GGAAAGGGGCGUGUCGUGUGUUCCCGGAGACAGCAACAGGGACAGAGAGACAGAUUAAAGGCUCGGUGACCGGGGACCGGGACACGCGACCCGCAUGGAAGCGAAAACCAGAUUAAACGCUUUACACAGGCGCUGUGGGCCUGCAGAGACACAGAGCUGUGACUGAGGAAAGCAGACAGAAAGGUGUCUUUGUGAGUGUCUGUGGGUUUAAACAACAACAACAAAAAAACAACGGUCCAGACAACCGUGUGGGAACAGCAACAGAAAUCAGGGCGGAGAGGAAGAGACCCACUCCAGCCAGGAACACAGCGAAGCUCCAGCACGGUGUGACCGCCGCCAUGGCGCAUCUGCUGGGCAUCGGCAACCAGAACACCCGUCUGGAUCCUGAGCAGUAUUUCACCAAAUUAGAGCGCAUCGGCAAAGGCUCCUUCGGAGAAGUUUACAAAGGAAUUAACAACCACACCAAGGAGGUCGUGGCCAUUAAGAUUAUAGAUCUAGAGGAGGCAGAGGAUGAGAUCGAAGACAUUCAGCAGGAGAUCACAGUUCUCAGCCAGUGUGACAGUCCCUUCGUCACCAAAUACUUUGGCUCCUACCUGAAGGGCACCAAGCUAUGGAUCAUCAUGGAGUAUUUGGGUGGUGGUUCUGCUCUAGACAUGCUUAAGCCAGGCCCACUGGAGGAAGCCUACAUCGCCACUAUUCUCCGAGAGAUCCUUAAAGGACUGGACUACCUCCACUCAGAGAGGAAGAUUCACAGGGACAUUAAAGCUGCCAAUGUCUUACUAUCCGAGCACGGAGAGGUAAAGCUGGCUGACUUUGGCGUGGCAGGCCAAUUAACAGACACGCAGAUCAAGAGGAACACUUUUGUGGGGACACCGUUCUGGAUGGCUCCUGAAGUCAUUAAGCAGUCUGCGUAUGAUUUUAAGGCUGACAUCUGGUCAUUGGGUAUCACAGCUAUCGAGCUGGCUAAAGGAGAACCCCCAAAUUCAGACCUGCACCCUAUGAGGGUUCUCUUUCUUAUCCCUAAGAACAACCCACCCACUCUGGAGGGCAGCUACAGCAAAGCCUUCAAGGACUUUGUGGAAGCAUGUCUUAACAAAGACCCACGGUUUAGGCCGACAGCCAAAGAGCUGCUUAAGCAUAAAUUCAUCAGUCGCUACACCAGGAAAACGUCCUACCUAGCAGAGCUGAUCGACCGCUACCGCCGCUGGAAAUCCGAGGGCCACGGUGACGACUCCAGCUCUGAUGACUCCGACAUGGAUGGGGAAGGUGAUGAAGCAGAUCAGCGUCCUAUGUGGACUUUCCCUCCCACUGUAAAACCCAGACUUCUGAACAAGUCACAGAUUGGAAGUAAUGAUGUAGAGAGUAAGACAGCAGAUGCGAUGAAGAGGCAGCCGAAGUCAUCCUCCCUCACGACGCUCCUCAUGCCUGUGUUUCGAGAGUUAAAAGAGAAGCGGCGUGUGACUGGAAGCAGUGCGUGUGCAUUAGAGGAGCUGGAAAAUGCCUUUAAUCUCGCGGAGGAGUCGAGUCCGGGAAUCUCAGACCGUUUACUCACUAAUAUGAUGGAGAGGAUGUGCAGGUUUACGUUCAAUGGGAACACGACACCUCCAAAGCGAUGAGAGAACCAACGGAAUUAAAUCCCUCCAUCGAUCUAACAUUUCUCCUCAUGACCUCUUCUCCAGCAUUCACAAAAGGCUUGGACCUUUUCAUCAAUGCCACACGUCUUUUGAAUGUGUUCCAACUAUUUUCCUUUAUAGAAUAUUGAUCACUUUGAAAAUGAAGAAGAAAAAAAAAAAAGGCAAGAUCUGUGUACUGCAGCAUGUGAUGAGACUCAAACAUAUUAAUAAACCACAAGGACAAGAGGAUAUAGAGCUGUUUUCUUAUGUAAAACAGAGACAAACGAGAUGAAUAUAUGAUCAAUGAUGACAACUUUUAUAGAAAUAGAAAAAAACUACUUAAAGCUCAGACCCUGAUUAAUAACCGUUUCAUUUUUAUUAGUUGUUUUUUAAAUGUAAUGACAUGGAAACUGACUACAGCAACAUGCUACACAAUAAAUAGGAGCAAUGUGAAAAACAAA